AGGCUUACAGCAACCAUGGGCUUCCUAAGGGAUCUGAGAAGGAGGAAGUCCAUCUAGACAGUGGGUUGUACUGGAUGCACACCUAGAGACAAAUGGAAAGCAUAACACAGCUCAGGAGAAGCCCAGAAAUGAAUAUCAGAAAGUCAACAGAAACCGGAUAAAGUGUGACACAUUUGACACAAAAGUGACAUUGAUUCUCCUCUUCAGUGUGGAUUCCCAGAGUGACUGAAGGAUGGGAAUCAGAAAUCAGCCUAAAAGAUGACUUGACUUAAGAAAUCUGGGGCUAUUGGCUUUUAUUGUUUAAUUGGAAACCUCAUUUUGAGUGGAAGAAGUAACCUGAUUUUUAGGUAAAUCUAUUCAAUUGUGGAGAAAAAAAAUAAGGACUUGUUUGUGUUUGGAGGGAAGGCUACUACUGGUUGUUUCAUGUCGACUUUGAAGAGGACCCUUGAAUUUUAGAAGCAGGUACUGCCAGAUUGCAUCUUUGGUCACACCUUCUGAGUUAUUUCUUAAUGUCUCCUGAGUGAGGCUGGUUAUCCGUGAACUGCGUCAUUGCUCAGACGUGGAUGGAUCCCUGUGGGUCUGUCUGUGUUUGCGAUGGAAUUGACAAAAAUUUGUCGAUUGAGCCUUCUGUACAGACACUAUGCUAAAUGUUGGGUGUACAAAAUAUGGACAAACAGUCUUGAUGUCAUGGAGCCCACACUCUAGAAGCAGUUGAAUACAUAGAGUGUGUCCCCUUUUUGGCUUCUGUUUGUCUUCUAAUUUACUUCUCUACAUUCAAAAGUUCAGAUACUUGUUUGGAGAUGUAUUGAGUAUGAAUUAACUUAUUUUGGUACAAGCCCACUUCUUUUCUGGAGUGAAUACAAUGAUACCUUUUAUGACAUCUGAUGGCUUCUGCGGUCAAUAAAACCUAUCUAAUAGGAUGGUUAAUGUUUGACUGAAGUCUGAAGGGAGAGGCUGGGGAAGCAGAACAGUGCGGAGGGAGUGUUCUCCAGGGAGAUUCUCAAGCCCCAGCAAGAGCCUCAACAGCUGAAUGGAAGAAAAUAACUUUUAACGGCCAUUUUGUUAUUUACUUACAGAAAGAAGUUUCAAUACAGAAAACCACAAUGAUGCGAGCCCAACUCCAUUGCUUGUGUCUCCUUAUACUUUAUUUGACGGCUGGAUAUGGCCAGGAGAGGAAGUUUAGUGGACCCCUGAAACCCAUGACAUUUUCUAUUUUUGAAGGCCAAGAACCAAGUCAAGUCAUAUUCCAGUUUAAGGCCAGUCCUCCUGCUGUGACUUUCAAACUAACUGGAGAGACAGAUGGCAUAUUUCAGAUACAACCAGAUGGACUUUUGUAUCAUAACAAAGCCCUGGAUAGAGAAACAAGAGCUGCUCACAAACUCCAGGUCUCCACCCUGGAUGCUUAUGGAGCCACAGUGGAGGGCCCAGUUCCCAUCACCAUAGAAGUGAAGGACAUCAAUGACAAUCGACCCACGUUUCUCCAGCCAAACUAUGAAGGCUCAGUAAGACAGAAUUCUCGUCCAGGAAAACCCUUCAUGUAUGUCAAUGCUACAGACCUGGAUGACCCAACUACUCCCAAUGGUCAGCUUAUUUAUGAAAUUAUCAUCCAGCUUCCCAAGAUCAAUGAUGUCAUGUACUUUCAGAUCAACAACAAAACAGGGGCAAUUUCCCUUACCCUAGAAGGAUCUCGGGAAUUGGAUCCCAUUAAGAAUCCUUCCUACAGACUGGUGGUCUCAGUGAAGGACAUGGGAGGCCAGAAUGAUCAUUCCUUCAGUGACAGCACAUCUGUGAACAUUAUGGUGAAGGAGAAUAUUUGGAAAGCACCAGAGCCUGUGGAGAUUGUAGAAAACUCAACUGAUCCUCACCCCAUCAAAAUCACUCAGGUGCAGUGGAAUGAGCCAGGUGCACAAUACUCCUUAGUUGAAAAGGAGAAGCUGUCAACUUUACCGUUUUCAAUUGACCAGGAAGGAGGUAUUUAUGUGACUCAGCCCUUGGACCGUGAAGAAAGGGAUUCGUAUGUUUUUUAUGCCGUGGCAAAGGAUGAGAUGGGAAAACCGCUUGCCUUUCCAGUGGAAAUUCGUGUAAAAGUGAAAGACAUUAAUGAUAAUCCACCUACAUGUCCAUCUGCGGUGACCGUAUUUGAGGUCCAGGAGAAUGAAGAUAUAGGUAGCAAUAUUGGGACUUUUAUUGGCCAUGACAUGGAUGAAGAAAAUACUGCCAACAGUGUUUUAGUAUACAAAAUUGUGGAUCAAAUUCCCAAACUUCCCAAGGAAGGACUCUUCCUGGUCCAAACCUACUCGGGAGUGGUCCAGUUGGCUGGGCAGUCCUUGAAGAAGCAAGACACUCCGCAGUACAAUUUGACAAUAGAGGUGUCUGACAAAGAUUUCAAAACCCUCUGUCACGUGGAGAUCAAUGUUAUUGAUAUCAAUGAUCAGAUCCCCAUCUUUGAAAAAUCAGAUUAUGGAAACCUGACUCUUGCUGAAGACACAGCCGUUGGGUCCACCAUCUUGACCAUCUGGGCCACAGACACUGAUGAGCCAUUUACUGGGAGUUCUAAAAUCCUGUAUCGUAUUAUACAGGGAGACAGUGAGGGGCGACUGGGGAUUGACACAGAUCCCCAUACCAACGCUGGAUAUGUCAUAAUUAAAAAGCCUCUUGAUUUUGAAACAGUAGCUGUUCACAACAUUGUGUUCCAAGCGGAGAAUCCUGAGCCUCUGGUGUCUGGUGUAAAUUAUAACACCAGCUCUUCUGCGAAGUUCAAGCUUAUUGUGACAGAUGUGAAUGAAGCACCCCAAUUUUCCCAGCGCAUAUACCAAGCAAAAGUCAGGGAAGAUGUGGCUGUAGGCACUAAAGUGGGCAACGUGACUGCCAAGGAUCCGGAAAAUCUGGACAUAAGUUAUUCUCUGAGAGACAACACAAGAGGCUGGCUUAAAAUUGACCCUGCCACUGGCGAGAUCUUUACCACGGCUCCUCUGGACAGGGAAGCUGAAAGUCUGUAUCGGGUGCAAGUGAUGGCGACCGAAGUAGGCGGCUCCUCCCAGAGCUCCAUAGCCAGUUUCCACCUGACCCUCUUGGAUGUCAACGACAACCCCCCUCGGCUAGCCAAGGAGUACACGGGCUUGUUUCUGUGCCAUCCCCUCCACCAAGAGGGGACUCUCAUUUUUGAGGUCACUGAUGAUGAUCAGCGGUCAUUUCCGAGUCCACACUUUUCAUAUUCCCUCGUCAGUGAAAGCUCACGAAAUGACUGGGAAGUUUCGAGAGUCAACGGAACUCAUGCCAAACUUUCUACCAAGCACACGAACUUUGAAGAGGGACUUUACAGUGUCCCAAUCCGCAUCAAUGAUGGUGGCCGGCCACCGCUGGAAGGGGUGGUCUCUUUACCAGUUACUUUCUGCACGUGUGUGGAAGGACAUUGUUUUCAGCCAGCAGGUCACCAGCCUGGGAUGCCCACUGUGGGCAUGGCAGUUGGUAUACUCCUGACCACAUUUUUGGUUAUUGGUAUAAUUUUAGCAGUUGUGUUUAUCCGAAUAAAGAAGAAUGAAGGCAAAGAUACUGUCGAAAGUGCUCAGGCAUCCGAAGCCCAACCUCUGAGAAACUGAAUUUGAGCAGGAAUGUUUGAGUUUAUGUACCAAGUGCUAUUUCAGUAACACAACCAUUUAAUCUCAUAAUUUUACUUUUUGUCCAACAUGUGCUCUGUAAUUUUUUACAGAUAUACCCUCUUGCCCUUUAAUAUUUUAUUACUCUUUGAUAUUUCAUGUGCUAUAGACAUUAGAGACAUUUUCCAUUUUCCCAUGACACUUUCCCCUCUGCAAAAGCCUUCGCUAUUUAUCCAAAGCCAAAAAUGUAUGUGUUUUUUCCCUUUAGGGAAAGAUGGACUGAUGAACUCUUCUGUUCACUUUCUCCUUAUCGAGAUUUAUCAGUCCUCCACUACAGAACUUCCUGGAUUCCACUCAUACUUUCUCCACUUCUAUCCUAUGUCUCCUUCUUCAUGUCUCGUUUGGUAUUGUACCAAUUUUAAGACAUUUGUUGGAGACCAGGACAAAGGGAAAUCUCAGGAAAAAAAUAAAAUAGGAGCGCCGUCCCUUGGUGUGAACAGACACUCUCUUGUGUUAGUAGCCUUCUUUGGCUCACUGUGGCUCAUAGUGCUCUUCGUUUGAGGUUCUUCCACUUGGGAAUAGCACAAGCCACACAGGCCCCUUUCAUCAAUCUUGGUGCAGAAACCAACCACUGACUAGCUUACUACCUACCAUGCUUACAUGCUGCACGUGUUUUCUUUAUGUGUAUAUUAAUAGUUUUGGUUACUGUAUAUUUAACGGUAAAAGAAAAUAUGAACGCACGAAAGACGUAGUGACAAAAACCAAGAAUAAACGUUGGCUAUGGUUUUGUUUCUUGA